AAAACGUGUGAAGAUGGGUGAUACAAGCUAACAUAAGCUUCUUCUUAGGUCACCCAAUUUCGUCCGCACCACUCAUUUCACCUUCCUCAACCCACAAACCAAAAAUCCCCAAUUUCCCCAAACACCCAAACACCCAAAAUCCCCAAACACCCAAAAUAAGUAAAUAACAAACCCUAAUUUCCAAAAUUCAUCUCAAAUUCACACACCCAUCAAACAAAAAUCACUUUAAUUUGUUGGGUUUUCAAUGGGGUGAACCAAUCACAACUUUUCUUGAAAAAAGUUUGAAUCUUUAAUAAUAAUUAUAUAUAUAUGGAGUGGGAUAGUAACAGUGAUAUAAGUGGAGAUGAAGAAGGGUUUUUAUUAAAUGAUGGAAGUGGUUUGCCUUUUCCAGUUGAUACUUUACUUCAACCAGCUCCUUGUGGAUUUGUUGUUACAGAUGCUUUGGAACCUGAUCAUCCUAUUAUUUAUGUUAACUCUGUUUUCGAAAUUAUUACUGGGUAUCGAGCCGAAGAAGUCCUCGGUCGAAAUUGUCGGUUCUUGCAAUGCAGAGGUCCAUAUGCAAAAAGAAGACAUCCCCUGGUGGACUCUACUGUAGUAUCAGAAAUCAGAAGAUGUAUUGAGAGCGGGAUCGAAUUCAAAGGAGAACUCUUAAACUUCACAAAGGACGGUACCCCAUUAAUGAACAGAUUACGUAUGACCCCUAUAUAUGGUGAUGAUGAUGUAAUUACCCAUAUCAUCGGUAUCCAGUUCUUCACUGAAGUUGAUCUUGAUCUGGGUCCACUCCCGGGGUCUACCAUUAAAGGAAUUGUGAAAGUAUCUGAUCGGUUUCAAUCUAGUCUCCUCUCCUGCCGGCUAACCCCAGCUGAAACCCGCAAUUCUUCGCGUGGACUCUGUGGGCUUCUACAGUUGAGUGACGAAGUGAUUUCUCUAAAAAUUCUUUCACUGUUAACCCCGCGAGAUAUUGCUUCUGUAGGAUCUGUUUGCAGGCGGUUCUACGAGGUAGCAAAGAACGAGGAUUUAUGGAGAAUGGUCUGUCAAAACGCCUGGGGUAGUGAAACAACAAGGGUUUUAGAGACGGUUCCUGGGGCUAAAAGAUUGGGAUGGGGUCGGUUGGCACGGGAACUUACAACUCUAGAAGCGGCAGCAUGGCGGAAGGUGACAGUUGGUGGUGCUGUCGAGCCGUCCCGAUGUAAUUUCAGUGCAUGUGCAGUCGGGAACCGUGUGGUUCUUUUUGGCGGUGAGGGUGUCAAUAUGCAACCAUUGAAUGACACAUUUGUACUAGAUUUAAAUUCUACUAAACCUAAGUGGGAACAUGUGAAAGUCGGCUCACCACCACCUGGGCGUUGGGGUCAUACACUCUCGUGUGUGAAUGAUUCUAAUUUGGUUGUAUUUGGAGGCUGUGGGACCCAAGGGUUACUUAAUGAUGUUUUCCUGUUGGAUUUGGACGCCAAACAUCCUACAUGGCGUGAAAUUUCCGGUUUAGCUCCUCCACUUCCGCGGUCAUGGCAUAGUUCUUGUACCCUUGAUGGGACAAAGUUGAUUGUUUCAGGUGGUUGUGCAGACUCGGGUGUACUUCUGAGUGACACCUUUUUACUCGAUCUUUCAAUGGAGAAACCGAUUUGGAGAGAGAUACCCGUCACAUGGACGCCACCUUCUCGUCUUGGUCACACCUUAACUGUUUAUGGCGGGCGGAAAAUUCUGAUGUUUGGCGGGCUUGCUAAAAGUGGGCCCCUCAGGUUCAGAUCUAGUGAUGUUUUUACUAUGGACUUAAGUGAGGAUGAACCUUGUUGGAGAUCGGUGACUGGUAGUGGAAUGCCUGGUGCAGGUAACCCAGGCGGCAUAGGUCCACCACCCCGGCUUGACCAUGUAGCUGUUAGCCUUCCUGGAGGCAGGAUCCUUGUAUUUGGUGGGUCAGUUGCAGGUCUUCACUCUGCCUCACAGCUCUAUAUAUUGGACCCUACUGAAGAGAAACCUACUUGGCGGAUACUGAAUGUGCCAGGGAGGCCGCCACGUUUCGCAUGGGGUCAUAGUACGUGUGUUGUGGGUGGUACACGAGCCAUUGUUCUUGGAGGUCAAACUGGUGAGGAAUGGAUGUUAAGCGAGCUUCAUGAGCUAUCUUUAGCGAGUUCUGUUUAAAUCUUUUAAAGGCUUUUGGAAAAUAACAAUUUAUAGGUGCUUUGUGGAUGCUCAAUCAACACAUUUCUUGUACAAGAUGCGAAACAGUCCUCUAAAUAGGGUAUUCGGAGUAAAGGUAUGAGUUGUCAGAUUUGUGCAGAAAACUGUUACUUCGGUCAACCCCCAACUCUUUUUGGUAAGCAGUAAUUGACAGAUUUGGUAGGGUAUAAUAUACUUGGGUCUUGUUUUCAUAAUGCAUGCCCAUGUAAUGUUGUGUGUUUCGAACCCAAGGAGUAGAAAACUAAAGUAUUAGUGGUGCUUUGUAUAUAGCAAAUGACAAAUUUGUUCUUAACUCUACUGAAAGCUGUAUUCAGGAAGCUAUUGGUAUCUAUUUGUACAUGGACCGGUUUGUUCUUUGGCUAUGGAUGAGGGUUCCAUCAUGGGUAAGUUUUGGCAGAAUAGGGGUUUAGUCGCAUGCCGGCUAGUUGGCUUUCAGGUCUUUAAAUGUUUAAUUUAACAGUUCUAUAUACUACAUUUAUAUAUAUGCGUCGACUUGUAAUAUUUGGAUGUUGCUAUGCUGUAGAGGAUUGAUUCGGAUGUUGUUCUCUGUUGCUGCUUUUGUUCCGUCUAGGUUUAUCAAAUGGACUCCCUGUCUUUAGUUUAAAGAUAUUUAAAGUGUUAUACUCCAAGUGUUUUCUUUAAA